CAGUGCUGCUCAGAGGAGAAAGAGCAAGGGACGGCUGAAGGUUUGACAGAGGACAGAAGGAAACUGAAGAAGGUUCUCCAGUAGAUGGCCUUUGGACCAACUGGAGCUGAGUGCAUGUGGGACGUAGCUGGUUUGAGUCUCCGUCAGUGUUUCUGUUUCUGGUGGUGGCAGUGAAUCAGUAGGAGAACCAGUCUUCCGACAAUCAGGAGGUGUGUGUCAAAUGGGCAGCAGCAGCAGCAGGUCGUUUGGUACAAUGGCCCAGGCGUUGAACAGUGCCACCAUGGCCCAACCUGACCCAUACACAAAGGAGAGCCCAGACCAAGACUUGGACCAGGACCUAGUGGGGGUAGACCCAGACCAGCUGCUAAGAGAGUGCGAGCUGGCGCUGCAGAGACGUCCAGCCCGGCCCCGCCGAGACCUGGUCUGUCCCCGACUCGUGGCCCCUUGCGGUCAUAAGCACAACCCGUCCAUACGGGUCAUGCAGUGGAACAUUCUGGCUCAAGCUCUUGGUGAGGGGAAGGAUGGCUUCAUCCGUUGUCCACUAGAAGCACUUAGCUGGCAUGAAAGGAAAUAUCAGAUCCUAGAGGAGAUCCUCACCUACCGCCCUGACAUACUGUGUCUGCAGGAGGUGGACCACUACUACGACACUUUCCAGCCAAUUAUGGCCAGCUUAGGUUACCACGGCAGCUUCCUGCCCAAACCUUGGUCUCCCUGUUUAGAUGUGGAGCAUAACAACGGCCCUGACGGCUGUGCUCUGUUUUACCGCCGCUCACGCUUCAGCCUUCAUUCCACGGCCCAUCUCCGAUUAUCCGCCAUGAUGCUACCCACCAACCAGGUGGCCAUCGCGCAGACGCUCCACUGCCAGGUAACAGGCCGGUGGCUGUGUGUUGCGGUCACACACCUGAAAGCUCGCAGUGGCUGGGAGAGGCUGAGGAGUGCGCAAGGUGCUGACCUGCUGCAGAGCCUCCAAAGUAUCACAUCCCACUGCGGAGGCCAGAAGCAGGCGGAGAUGGGGGCCAUCCCUUUAGUCGUGUGUGGGGACUUUAACGCAGAGCCCUCAGAGGAUGUUUACAAGCGGUUUAGCUCCUCCCCUUUAGGUCUGAGCUCAGCAUACAAGCUGCUGAGCUGCGAUGGGAAAACGGAGCCAGCCUACACAACCUGGAAGAUCCGGCCUUCCGGAGAAAGCUGCAGCACGCUGGACUACAUCUGGUACAGCCACGACGCUCUGAGUGUGGAGACCCUGCUGGACAUUCCCACAGAGGAGCAGAUUGGACCAGACCGCCUCCCGUCAUACCACUACCCCUCUGACCAUUUAUCACUGCUCUGUGACGUCAGCUUCAGGGAGGAGCCCCAUAGGCUCCUGUAGACUGCCAGUCACCCCAGGUCUGCAGAAAGCUAGUACUGAAGCAAGCAGCCCAUGAAGAGGCAUUUACCAGAUAUUAUUCAGGACCAACCAAAAAACCCAGAGGUUUGAGAGGUGAGACGUUGGAUACCGUGAUCAGAAGGCUGCUGAGGAGGAGAGGAACUGGACUCGUGACCUGAUGCUGGAGGGCAUGCUGCUGUCUAAAAGGGCAGGUCCUAAACCUUCCUGUUUUUUCAGUAGAACUUUAAUGUGAAACGGGCCACUGUAGAAUCACUUCUGCUGGAAAUCUGUUGCUGUGACUGAGCAGCUGAGUGAGGAGCAGGUGGAGUCACAGCGCAGCAUCCUCACAGGGUUUUAUGCCUUUAGGACUUCAUUUCCUGACAUCUCUUCUCUAUUCCUUGUACUCUGUGCAGCUCUGAAGUACUGAGCAGUGAUGGGUUCGGGUUCCUGAAUGUGACUCAUCAUUAGAGCAACACUUCAUUAUUAAUGUUGAUGUACAGUUGGCAAUAAAGUAAUUUUUACUCUUAA